CACUCACUCCUAAUAUCACAAAGUCCUUUCAUGAUUCUCAUUUACAGGACAAGGUUGACCUCUCUUCGUCGCAGAGUAUUGAUGAAGUAGAUCUCGAACAUGCCGCUCGUCUUGCACGUGUUAAACAUGUUUGCAAGAAGCAUUUCUUCGAGCCGCUGUGGUACAAGAUGGUAUUCACUAUCGAUCCCAACAGUUCAGCUGCGUUCUGUGCCAUCCCUAAAGUUGGCUCUAGCACAUUGAAGAGAAUUCUUUAUUGGUUGCACACAAAUCAAUCAGAGUCAUCUCCCUUUUCGUUAAACGGAAACGCAAUCCAUUACGUCACUGGGAUGAAGCAGUAUUUCCAAAACGCACAGAGCGUGUCUCCUUACAAAACGUUCAUGUUCGUUCGAGAUCCUUACAAAAGACUUUUUUCGGCGUUUAUAGACAGGUUGUUUAUCCCUUCAUAUAAAGAAGGUAGUUUUUCGCAGCAAAUAAUCAAUGGUGUAAGAUCACAACCUGACGUCAAAGCACGUGCAUGUGGAUCCGACGUUACAUUCACAGAUGCCGUACUAUUCGUGAUACUCACCUACAAUACUCCUAAAAUAAGUGAAUGGCACUUUUCACCCCAGAGGCUUUUCUGUCACCAAUGCGAAAUCAACUAUGAUGUCAUUGGCAAGAUGGAAACCUUUUCCCGAGAUGUGAGAUACAUAUUACGAAAAUUUGGAAUGAAAGAUGUUCCGGUAGACAGCAAAGAGAUGUCGUCGGACAGUGAUAUUAAUAUUAUGAUGGACAUUUCAAACGCUUCUUAUACUAUACGUCAUACCUUGUGCAUGGCGACCAUUGACGUUUUCAGGAGGCUUUGGAAAACCUUUCAAAUACGAGGUUUUCUUGGAAGACAUAAUCCCUUCCCGCUUCGGCAAGGUGAUGCCUUAUCACUGGAGGGAUUCCAGGCCCUGCUUCGCUCUACCUAUAAAUCUGAUGAGUCUUGGAGGGGUUCUGGGAGACACCAGCAGCGCGAACUAGCCCUGAUCGUGGCCUACAGGACCGUUCCUAUGGAAUAUCUAGAACGACUUAAGGAGAUUUACAGACCCGACUGUGAACUUUUUGGAUAUGACCCAGAGCCCCCAGAAGUAUUCAACAGGGAUGUGAAAUUUGAAAACUUUGGCUUCUUCUCCCAUUUUAAGCAACAUACUUAUCGUUUUUAAUACCAAACACCUAAGUGAUGAUGAUGAUGAUGAUGAUGAUUCUCUUUUUAUUCUCUUUUUUUUCUGGCGAUUGGUAAGUUUGAUAUAUGGAGAAAAUGUAAUUGAAUAAAUAUGUCAGUGUGAACUUAUUCAAAGUGUGUAUGUUUUUCUUUGAUUUCCAGUGUUCUGCAGACAUGUACAUGGAGAUGAUUUCUUAAAAUUGCUGACUUGGUUGAUUGUAUCAAUCAAUCACUG